AUGGCAUUUAAAGUCAAUGGACUCUUGUUCCAGCUGCCCCAUAACGUCUCUUCCACCAUCUCGAUCGCCGAAGCUCAGGACAGCAUCGUCAUCAAUCAAAACUCCCAGCUCCAAAUUCUCUACAAUCCCAAUGGCGAAAUAACCGUGAAGGUCACCAGCAACCUGGCAGGGAAGUUAUGCGCCCCUUGUGGGAACUUUAACGAUGACGCUUCGGAUGACUUAAAGCUGCCUAACGAUCAGAUGGCGGGCAACAUCACUGAAGUUGUCGAUGCCUGGAAGGCCAGGGAUUUCUUAGAAUGUUAUUAAUUCCCAAGAGAGCGGAUGCUGCUUUGAAUGGUAGGUGAUUCUCCAAAUUACAGUUGCUUCGUCAUGGGUACAAUCUGAAUGACAGAGAUAUGGUAUCUGAAUCAUCAGACUCUGAGCUGGAUUUUUCCUCCUUAAGUCUUUUUCAGACAAAAGGUGGUGGAGUGGGUAGCAGGGGGAUACCCAGGAGAAUACAUUUGCUGCUUGAUACAUUAAUAUGCAAUCAAUUAUUAAAUCUGGUAGUCAAGAAUAGAAUCCCCAAAUGAAACGGUAGCAUAUAAUAAGCAGAUUGCGAUCAUCUUAAUGGCUUGUAGACGUCCCAUAAGCAUCUGUCUGUCUAGUGUAAAAACCUUUUAUCAUAAGCUUUAUCUUCAACAGGGCCAAUUGCUUUGGGAAUGUCAGUGGGAACUCCGCAUCUGGCACCCCACUGGCAUAUUCAGAACCCAAAAUGUGCAAAACUACUGCUUUCAGCAAGCAAGCAUUAUAAAUUAAU